AUGGGGUCUCCCCUGCUGCUGCUGCUGGCCUUGCCGACCGCAGCCACCAAAGCCAAGGUGUUCAGUUGGUGGGAGUUGGCUCACCUGGGCCAGGAAGAAAGGCUGCAAGGCUAUGGGGGCUACAGCCUUGCCAACUGGCUCUGCAUGGCCUUUUACAAGAGCAUCUUCAACACGGCAGCACAGAGCAUCAAAGCGGACGACAGUGCCGACUAUGGCAUCUUCCAGAUCAGCAGCCAGCAGUGAUGCACCAACGACCGCAGCCCCUCGGAUAACUGCUGCAGGGGGGCUUGCAGGGAUCUGCUAUCGAGGAACAUAACUGAUGACAUCAUCUGUGCCAAAAGAAUUGUGAGAAACCCACAAGGAAUGGAUGCCUGGGAGGGCUGGGCAAUGCACUGCAAGGGAUGAGACCUGUCUGAGUGGCUGGAAGGGUGUGACCUGUGA